CUGUGGGACGUGCGGCAAUGCAAGGCCGGCGCGGCGGCACCCCUCAUGGAGACCCGGGACAGUCCGCAGGCGGUGGUGGCGCUGGCGGCGGCCGCCGGCGCCGCGGGCACUGGGCCCUACUCUGGUCUGGUCAUUGCGGGGCGUGACGGCGCACUGCGGGUGUGGGACUUCCGGGGCGGCGCCACUGUGCGCCUGGCGCGGCACCCGGCCUUCCAGCUGGGCACCACGGGCGGCAGUGGCAAGCCCCGCUGCCGUCUGGGUGUGUCGCCGGAUGGGCGGCUGCUGGCGGCGGGCGCGGCGGACGGCGCUGUGUGGGUGUGGGACCUGCGGGCGGCGGCGGCGGGUGGCGGCGGCGGCGGCGGGGCGCCCAAGCAGCUGCGCGGCGGCCCGGGCGGGCUGUGCGCACACCGCGAGGCGGCUGUGGCGGCGGCCUUCAGCUCCGACCUGUGCGCUCUGGUCACUGCUGACAAGGCCGGCGGGCUGGCGUUCUGGGCCAUGGAGUAGGUGCGCAUUGUACGGCGCUGCAAGGUGCUGUACUGUACGGUACGGUACGGUGCUCCAGUCAGACAGCCGUACUCGCCGAAGAAGCCGUCACGCUGCGUUGGGGCGGGGGGAGGGAGGGAGCGGGGGUUGGGGGGUUAGUGGGUUGGGGGUUGCAAGGAUUGGUACAGGGAAGUGUAGCGAAGUAGAGAGCAGGUGUGGUGUUGUGCGUACCGAUGACCGACGGCGUCCAUAGGUCCAGCGCCAGAGCUCGCCGUGGCGUCCCGUUUUGUGCUGGCUAUACCUAAUUCUAGAAGUAGUGCUCAAUGAAAGGUUUAUAUGCGCGUGUGCGCAUAGAAAGCUGCGAAAACGUCGGUGUUCGUGGGGUUGGGGGGUGAUGCGUCGGGGUUUGUAUCGUUGUGUUCACGCAUAUCAUCACGUGUAACGUGCAUCGCUG